AUGGCGACGGUGGCGGCGUCGGUGGCCGCAGAUGAGUGCCGGCCCUGUACCAAGGAGGAGAUGUCCCGCGCCUUCUGUACCAGCGACUUGGGUGAGUGUCGACAGGCGCGACGCAGGCGCCGCGCCGCGGACGAAAAGCGAAGCGCCAACAGGUUCCCACAGAAGCGCGCCCUUUUUUUAGUGCAGACAUCCUGA